AAAAAAAAAAAAAAAUCGACAAUGUCCAAACUCUUUGUCGGCGGCCUGGCAUGGCACACAACCGACGCGACCUUGCGCGAAGGGUUCGAGAAGUACGGAACUGUUGAGGAAGCGGUCGUCGUUAAGGAUCGCGACACGCUCCGCAGCCGCGGCUUUGGCUUUGUCCGGUUUGCUAGUGAUGGCGAUGCCGACGCUGCCAUGAAUGCCAUGAACAACCAGGAGUUCGAUGGACGUAUCAUUAGGGUUGACAAGGCGUCCGAGCGUGCUCCGCGAAACGACGGAGGCUUCCAGGGCCGCGGUGGAUAUAACACCAAGGAAGGCGGAUACCGUGGUGGUUAUGGUGGUGGAUAUGGAGGCAAUGGAUAUGGUGGUGGAGCUGGCGGCGGUUACGGCGGCGGCUAUGGUGGCGGUAAGCCUCACUCUCAUAAUUUCCAUGUGGACAUGCUCUGCAACAUCGUUGACGGGGUCGUCGAUCCUCCGGGAGGAUUUGUUGCUAACUUGAGAUCAGGAUGGCGGUCUUCGAACUAAAC